AUGGUCGGCAACGGCGCCGUGACAACCCCCGGCCAGCCAGACCAGGACAUUGAAAAUGACGUCCCGGGCAGUGUUCUCUCCGACACGUUCUCGAUCUCGCAGCAGUCACUUUCGCAUAUGCCGCACUUUGGCUUUGAUCAUUUCGUUUCCAACUUCCCGCAGGAGCUCGGCGAGUUUACUGCCAUUCCUUGCUUUGAACCUGAUGCUCAGAAUGCUAAUGGUAUGCCUGGCGCUGAGAUGAAGGCUCCUAGCGGUGAGCCUGAUCCGCACUGGUUGCAAUUCAUGAAAGGUUGA